GGGACUCUACAAUACACACCUAGAGAGAUGGUUAACACACUACCCUGUUGACCAGCUGAUGGUUAUAGAUGGACAGCAGUUGAGGAGAGAUCCAGCUGCUGUGAUGGAGGAGGUCCAGAAGGUCCUGGGGAUUACUCCUCACUACAACUACACACAGACUCUACGGUUUGACCAGCAGACAGGUUUGUGGUGUCAGCUUUUAGAUGGGGGGAAGACGAAGUGUUUCUGGAGUAAAGGAUUGGAGUAUCCUCCUAUGGAACCAGAGGCACGGUCCUACCUGUCCAGGUAUUAUAGGGAACACAACAUAGACCUGUCCAAGCUGCUCCACCGGCUGGGUCAGCCUCUCCCCUCCUGGCUGAGAGAGGAACUACAGAAGGUCAGUUAACAGGGUUAGAGGUCAGAGUUCAGGGGACACCGGCUGGGUCAGCCUCUCCCCUCCUGGCUGAGAGAGGAACUACAGAAGGUCAGAUAACCUCUAACCCUACCAGCAGCCCAGGUUCAUAGGUCAGGUGUUAAGGGUCGGGGACCAUUAAGAGGAAGAGGGCGUGACCUUUCUGUGACCUCCCAACCCCGUGGUGAAGCUGAGGAUGGAAGAGAGAUCAUGAACUAUGAACAAUGAACUCUGUCCUGGCUUGACCUCACAGAGGAGAAGAGAUACUAGAUCACUGAUAACUGGAUAUCUUGGUCUCUGAACUCAGAGAGAUUGGAGGGAUGACUGACCUCUGGAACAGAACUGUGUUUCAGUUAAUGGACUGGAGAGACCUAUAGCCCAGUCUCCAUCCACCUCCCUCUCUUCUUCUUUCUCUCCAUCCUUCUCCCUCUCUUCUUCUCUCUCUCCAUCCCUCCUCAGCCUCUCUCCAUCCUUCUCCCUCUCUUCUUCUCUCUCUUCAUCCCUCCUCUGCCACUCUCCAUCCUUCUCCCUCUCUUCUUCUCUCUCUCCAUCUACCUCCCUCUCUUCUUCUCUCUCUCCAUCCUUCUCCCUCUCUUCUUCUCUCUCUUCAUCCCUCCUCAGCCUCUCUCCAUCUACCUCCCUCUCUUCUUCUCUCUCUCCAUCCUUCUCCCUCUCUUCUUCUCUCUC